AUGUCAUGCAUACAGUGACAGCAGUGCAUUAUUGUGAUCUGUGAUGGUUUUGUGAUUUUAAAAGUAUCUGAUUGAGAUAAUAACUAAAAAUGAUGCAAAAUAGAAUUGGAAAUUUACCAAUAGCAAACGAAAAUCCUUUGGGUCUUUCGUGGCACGACAGUGCUUGGAUACCUUUACUGAGUCCAUCUAAUAUCAUGGACUAUUUUUCUGAGAGAUCCAAUCCAUUUUUUGACCGUACUUGUAAUAAUGAAAUUGUUAAGAUGCAGCGUCUCAGCAUGGAUCAACUACAGAACAUGACGGGGCUGGAAUACAUAUUACUGCAUGUGCAAGAUCCGAUUCUGUACGUAAUUCGUAAACAACACAGACACAGUCCUACACAGGCUAUACCUUUAGCUGAUUACUACAUUAUAGCUGGGAUUGUGUACCAGGCUCCUGAUCUAGCGAGUGUACUCAACUCUAGACUGCUGUCUGCAGUACAUCAUCUGCAAUGCUCAUUUGAAGAAACCAUGUCUUACUCAAGGUAUCACCCUAGCAAAGGAUACUGGUGGGAUUUCAAAGCGACUAAACCAGGUCUCAGUCCUUACAACAGUGGUCAGUCCUCUUCAAAGGAUGUGAGCAGCACUCCUAAAGAGGAACCAUCCACACUGUUCCAGCGUCAAAGGGUUGACAUGUUGUUAGCAGAACUUGUGAGGCAGUUUCCAUUGCCUGUUACACAAGCACCUAGCCAGACAAAUGGUGUCACUGUUAAGACAGAGAACUCAACUGAAAAGAAUGGUGAUAAAGCCCCUGAUGGCAAUGUUAACAACAUCACUAUAAAACAAGAACCUGCAGACCCAAGCAGCUCGGACAUGACAAAUGGAAGUCUACAGGGACAUGCUGAAAUCAAAACCGAGAUCAAACAGGAAAAUAUGAAACCACCACCAGAAAAGAAACUAAGAUUAUAAAUAAAACUUCUAAAUGUUAAUAAUUAA